CUAGGGCCACCAAAGAUUUAAACCCUUUUUCUCAAUUUCUACUAGAUACCCAACUCCAACCCUACUGAUCCUUGUUUCUUAUCCUCUCGUGAUCAUAAAACAUAAUUACAACCAUUAAACCUCAAACGAUUCACAAAACUCAAGUCACAAUGUCCAGCACCGACUUCAAAAUCCCUCUCCGUCACCAACCAGACGACAUCGGCUACCGCCUCAUCGAACUCCCCCCCGAGCUCCAAUCUCUCCUCGAAUCCGAUAAUCCUCCAGUCCUCACCCUAGAAUCUUCCGAGACCUCAGCCCUCCUCAAGUCUCCCGACAGAACCUACUCUCUCCGCCAGAAAAACACGUCAAACUCCGUCAUACUGCUCUCUCCACUGGAUUCAUCUACGGCUUUAAAUCAAGGUAUAGCUGCCAUCUCCACGAUCCACGAGACUGUUGAGCUGGAGCUGGUGCCUGAACAUGCUGCUGCUGCAAGCGGACAGCUCAAGAACACUGGGAGCAGGGGCAAAUGGCACGAAAUGUUUGGCAAGGGACGAUAG